AUGGCAGGCCAGUUAAGCUUCCCAGUCUCCCCGCGCCUCUCGUCCACGAAGCCGUUGAAAUCACACUUCGGAAACGUCCAAGUGGGUAUCUGUGUGGCGAUCCAGCGCAGCGACAGGCGGAUCCACCUCGCCGUGGUCACCGAGAUCAAAAGAGAACACAAGUGGGUCACGGUAGAGUGGGUCGAAAAAGGAGUCAAAAAAGGCAAGAAGAUUGAUCUAGAGACCAUAUUCCUGCUGAAUCCAGCCCUGGCCUCUGCCGAGCACCCUACUAUGGGAAGGUCAUUGUCACUCUUGUCUCUAGCGCCCUCUUCGGCCAUCGGGGACCAGCGCAGGGCUACACGGUGGAUUGCCACGACUCCCCAGAAAAAUGAAACACCCUCAGGGGACAGCCUGGCCGUGAGGGUUCCCAGCAAUCCUUGCCUGAUGAAGCUGAAAAAGUCUCCCUGCCUGCGGGCAAUCGAGAAACUGCAAAAGCAGCGGGAGAAGCGCAGACGGCUGCAGCUGGAAAUCAGAGCCCAGCGCGCCCUGAACGUCAACGCAGGGAACCCCAACCACGAGAUCCGGUGCAUGAUCGAGGAGUACCGCAGGCGCCUGGACAGCAGCCGGAUGUCGGGCCCGGAGCCGCGGGAGGACCACCGGAUCUGUGUUUGCGUGAGAAAGCGCCCUCUCAACCAGCGGGAGACCACCAUGAAGGACCUGGACAUCAUCACCAUCCCCUCGGACAACGUGGUCAUGGUGCACGAGUCCAAGCAAAAGGUGGACCUCACUCGCUACUUGGACAACCAGACCUUCUGCUUUGACCACGCCUUCGAUGACACAGCCUCCAACGAGCUGGUGUACCAGUUCACCGCCCAGCCGCUGGUCGAGUCCAUCUUUCAUAAGGGUAUGGCCACCUGCUUUGCCUAUGGGCAGACAGGCAGCGGGAAGACGCACACCAUGGGCGGGGCCUUUUCCAGAGAGGGCCAAGACUGUUCUAAAGGCAUUUAUGCAAUGGCGGCCCGGGAUGUCUUCCUCCUGCUCAAAACCUCUGCAUACAAGAAGCUGGACCUCAAAGUCUAUGGGACAUUUUUUGAGAUUUACGGUGGCAAGGUGUAUGAUCUGUUGAACUGGAAGAGGAAGCUGCAAGUGCUUGAGGAUGGCAAUCAGCAAAUCCAGGUGGUCGGGCUGCAGGAGCAGGAAGUGUGCUGUGUGGAGGACAUGCUGACCCUCGUGGAACAAGGCAACAGCUGCCGGACUUCAGGACAGACAUCUGUCAACACCCACUCUUCCAGGAGCCACGCGGUGUUCCAGAUCAUCCUAAGGUCUAGAGGAAAGCUACAUGGCAAGUUUUCCCUGGUUGACUUAGCUGGGAACGAAAGGGGAGCGGAUACUGCCAAGGCCAACCGGAGACGGCAGCUGGAAGGAGCAGAGAUUAAUAAGAGCCUCCUGGCACUCAAAGAAUGCAUCCGCGCUUUGGGUCAGAACAAGUCUCACACCCCGUUCAGAGGCAGCAAACUCACCCAGGUGCUCCGUGACUCCUUUAUAGGCCAGAACUCGUCCACUUGCAUGAUUGCCACUAUUUCUCCAGGGAUGGCCUCUUGUGAAAACACCCUCAACACUUUAAGAUAUGCAAAUAGAGUAAAAGAAUUAACUCUAAAUUUAAAGCCCCACCAUCGCUGUCUUUAUCCUGCAGAACGUGAGAUGCCAAGGAUGCUGGAAAAUCACAUUAGAAAUUCAGAAAUAUCCCUUCAGAGGGAUGCAUUUAUUCAGAUACCUUGUACACAGAGGGAGGAGGAGGAGGAGCCCCCAAAAAUGGAAGUAUCGUCCUCUCCAUUAAUGGAGGAUGCAAUAAUUUCCUGGAAGGAAUCAAGCCAAAGGCCGGGCAGUAACAUUCAGGAGACAGCUGACGGGGUAAACUGCGAUGUCGAGUUUUGCAUUGCCCAGUUAUUGUCCAUUUUGGAGCAGAAAAUAGGUAUUCUGACCGGGAUUCAAAAGCAUCUAAAAUUAUUACAAGCUAACCUUCAAAAGAAGAGUAAGUAUAGUGAAGCCAAUGGCAGAUCAGAUCCGAAAUGA